UCUUGCACAGUCUCAAUCAAUUCAAUAAAAUCUAAAAGUUUCUCAAUCUCUCUCUAGCUUUCAAGCUUUCCUCUCUAGGUUUACAAAUCUUACAGAAUGGCUCAGCCUGAUAACAGUAGAUGGUCUCUUCAGGGCAUGACCGCUCUUGUUACCGGUGGAAGCAAAGGAAUAGGGCAUGCUAUUGUGGAGGAACUAGCAGGUUUUGGAGCAACUGUGCAUACAUGCUCUCGAAACGAAGUCGACCUUAAUGAGUGUUUAUGUGAAUGUAGAAAGAAGGGUCUCCAAGUCACUGGCUCAGUGUGCGAUGUAUCCUCUAGAGCUGAAAGAGAGAAUCUAAUUAGCACUGCCUCUAAUCUCUUUAAUGGGAAACUUAACAUCCUUAUAAACAAUGUGGGGACAAACAAAACAAAACCGACCUUGGAGUAUACGGCCCAAGAUUUCUCAUUUAUCAUAGCCACAAAUUUUGAAUCAGCUUAUCACUUGUGCCAACUUGCCCAUCCUCUAUUGAAAGCUUCGUCAGCAGGAAGCAUUGUCUUUGUGUCUUCAGUUUGUGGGGUCGUAUCAGUCAGUACGGGCUCCAUAUACGGAGCAAGUAAAGGUAACCUAACCUUGUCCCAUCAUUUAUUGGAUUGUAUUAUUACUACUUUGAGCUACAAUAUUGAAGGUUUUUAUAAGUAUGCAGGGGCAAUGAACCAGCUGACAAAAAAUUUGGCAUGCGAGUGGGCAAAAGAUAAUAUAAGGACCAAUUGUGUGGCCCCUUGGUACAUCAAGACCCCUUUAGUCCAACCUUAUAUGGAUGAUGAAAACUUUUUCAAUGCUGUUAUCUCUCGAACACCUAUGGGACGCGUUGGAGAGCCCAAAGAGGUGUCUUCCUUGGUAGCAUUCCUAUGCCUACCGGCGGCCUCGUACAUAACCGGGCAAACUAUAUGCGUUGAUGGAGGUAUGACGGUGAAUGGCUUCAUGUUCCCAUAAGCAUAUAUGGUUCAGAAUUAGCGCAAAAAAAUGCCAGUUUCCGUACUUUGUAGUGUUGCAUAAUAAGGCAAUUUCAAUUUGAUCUCUUUUGCAUGUCCCUAAUCAGUUUUGUUAGAUUAUGAUGUAUGCAUGUAAUCACCAAUAAACUAUUAUAUACUAUUGCGUGCAUAGAUAUGAGUCUUUUGGCAAGUGAAAUUGAUUUAUUUCAUGAUUUAGUUAA